GAAUAAUUGGGCUUAAAUCUCUUGAAUUGAAUAGUCGCGUUUGUCCAAAACCCCAACUCUGAAGGUGCUAGCGGCGACCCCUUCACCAAGCUUCUCACAUAUAUAUAUAAAUUCUUCUUCUUCUCUUUACCCUAUUUUUCUCUCUCACUUUCUCUCUCAUCCACUCUCUCUCUCUCAUCGGCUGCGUCGUCGAUUUCAUCACCAUGGCUACCGUCGCUUCCUCACCGGACACUACUACCAACACUACAGAAUUACUACAGAAUAUGACUUUGGGUUCUGAGACCAGGACGAUUGCAGUUCCUGAGCCGGCAAAGAAGAAUGGACAUGGUCAAGCUAAUGACGUGCCCAAGCCAUUUAAUACGAAUGCGAGUUUUGUUCCAAACGGACACCCUUCUACUGAAUACUAUUACGGAGGCUAUGAUGGGCAAGGCGGUUAUGUCAAUGAUUGGAGCAACAUUUAUCCCAGUUAUGUGAAUGCUAAUGGAGGAAUGGCGCAAGGUGUUUAUGGAGAUGGUGGUUCUUACAUGUACCCUCAAAAUUAUGGUUAUCCACCAUAUGGAUCCUAUCCGUCACCCAGUUCAUCUCCAACCAUCCCACAUGAUGAGAAGCUCUUUGGGCUGCAACAGUACCAGUAUCCUUCUUAUUAUCCUUCUCCAGCUUCUGCCAAUGGGACAUACGGUGCUAACAAAGUCAAUUCUCAGGGAGGGAAAACUUCAGCUGCUGGUGCUGAACAUGUCCCUUCAUCAGUUUUGAACAAAGGAAGCACCACUACUGGGACCAAUGGAUAUUCUUCAAAUAACACUGGGUCAAAUGAUUCUUAUCAAAGGGCUGGCUAUUCUUCAUAUGUUCCUGCGUCAGGAUAUCAAAAUCCAAGUGUCGGUACUCAACCAUCAUACCCUUCAGAUCCCUUAUUUUCUGAUAGGCAGUCCAAACAUGGAGCAAAGUUUGGAUUAUCUUCGCCGGCUAUGUCUGCCAAAGAUUAUUCCUCUCAAAGGAAUACCACUAUUCCCCAACCACUUCCACAAUUCACGAACUUGCAUAGUUCCAUGCAAUCAUCUGGACUGGGACUGUAUUCUGGUUAUGGUAAUGGUCUGUACCCAAGCAACGCAAUGUACGGACAAUAUGGAAGCACAUACAGAGGUAGGUCCAAUUUCGGAUCUACUGCAUAUGGAUCCAGAACAAGCUCGUAUGAUAGCAAGUAUAAAUCCUCAAAUUAUGGCCGUGCAUUUGACCAUGUCAAAAGAAAUGUGGAUGGCUUUGGUGAGCUGAACAAGGGACCGAGAGGCUCCAAUAGUUCUGAUGAUAAAAAUGUCAAAAGUGUUGGACCUGUCACAUUAUUACUCAAGGGACAGGACCUUCCUAUCAAGAGUGAUAAUCAAGAAGUGAAUCCAGUUCCCAACAAGCAACCGUACAAUGGGGAAGAUUUAUCUGAGACUUAUUCUGAUGCGAAGUUUUUUGUCAUCAAAUCUUAUAGUGAGGAUGAUAUUCAUAAAAGUAUGAAAUACAAUGUGUGGACAAGCACCCCUAAUGGGAACAAGAAGCUUGAUGCUGCAUAUCAGGAAGCCAAGGAGAAGGCUGUUGCCUGUCCUAUAUUUUUGCUAUUUUCGGUCAAUACUAGUGGACAAUUUGUUGGUUUAGCAGAGAUGGUGAGUCCAGUUGAUUUUGACAGAACAGUAGAGUACUGGCAGCAGGAUAGGUGGACCGGUUGCUUUUCUGUGAAGUGGCAUAUCAUUAAGGAUAUCCCAAAUAAUGAGUUGAGACACAUAACACUUGAAAACAAUGAAAACAAACCUGUGACAAACAGUAGGGACACUCAAGAGGUUAAGUUUGAGAAGGGUAUUGAAAUUCUGAAAAUUUUCAAGGAGUAUUCAAGCAAAACAUGCAUCCUGGAUGAUUUUGCAUUUUAUGAGGGUCGCGAAAAGACUAUGCUGGAGAAAAAAGCCAAGGAACAAUCCUUUGCAAAAGAGAUAUUACAGGUCACCAAGUCAAAUGAUUUAACAACUAAUGGGACAGAUAUAUUGCCCAAGUCUAAUGAUGGAACCUUGGCGAAGGAAUUGGUUAUUGCAGAUGCAGCAGGAAGUGAGAAGGUUGUAGAAGUGAAUGGAACACCUACUUCACCUACUCAACCACCCGCAGACUCUUCAAAUAACGGUUUAACCAGUGACAAUAUCAAGCAGUAGGGUGGUUAAAAUGUGAUUUUCAAGACCUCUCAAACUUCUUUUUAUCCUUUUUUCUUGAAUUAUUUUAGUAUGGUGGAAGUUUUUGUGUUGUUUUUUAUGCUUUACCUAGCUUAUUCGACCUUUUAAUCUUGUAGUGGAGUUUGUCAGUUUAGCUUUUUCAUAGCUAGUCAAAUCAAAUAUAUGGCAGUAUUGGUAUUUGUGUGAGGGAGUGAUCUUUGCUCUCUAAUCCAAGAAGCUUAUGUUUAUGUUCAUUUCCUUUUACAAAGCAUUGAUAUUUUAUUUUGA